UUGCAGCAACGUGCACGACAUGGUGCGUUAAAUCUUCGCCGCAAACUCCAAAAAAGUGUACACGAGUGCCUUUUCAACUCUUGCUUAAGCACCCAAAGUAUCCUGCUACCUGUUAUGUUAAAAGUGCGUGCAAACAGAGAAAAACAAAUCAACUCUAUCAAAAGACUCGAGUGCCUGUGACUUAACCUAAAAGCUAUUUUCAACCAACUUUGGCCCGUAUAGCUUCAACUUAAGGGGCAAGAUGUCGAGGCCGGAGCUCACAGCCCCGCCAGAAAUCUUCUACAAUGACGAGGAGGCGAAAAAGUACACCUUCAACUCGCGUAUAAUGGCGAUCCAGGAGCAGAUGUGCGAGCGUGCCCUGGAGUUGCUGAGCUUGCCCGAGGACCAAACGUGCCUGCUGCUGGACGUCGGCUGUGGCUCCGGGCUUAGUGGCAUGGUGCUGGAAGAGCACGAGCACCACUGGAUUGGUGUGGACAUAUCGUCCUCGAUGCUGAAAAUCGCCACGGAACGAGUCACGGGUGAUCUGCUACUGUCCGACAUGGGACAGGGUGUGCCCUUCAAGGCUGGAACUUUCGACGGUGCUGUCAGUAUAUCUGCUCUGCAGUGGAUCUGCAACAUAGACAAGAGCAGCCAUUCUCUGAACAAGAGGCUCAAUGCUUUUUUCACAUCGCUGUUUGCUUGUCUCGCCCGAGGGGCUAGGGCUGUGUUUCAGUUCUAUCCCCAGAGCGAGCAGCAGAUCAGUAUAAUCACAGCUGCUGCGACCAGGUGUGGGUUCAUGGGUGGUGUUGUGGUCGACUAUCCCAACAGCAAGAAAGCCAAGAAGUUCUUUCUGGUGCUGAUGACUUCGGGUAUGGUGAAAUUGCCUAAGGCUCUGGGUGAUGGCGAUGCACAUAGACACAAGAACAAGAAGGAGGACAAGCUAAGAAAGUGCUCCAAGACUUGGAUUUUCAAGAAAAAGGAAAGGAGAUUAAUGAAAGGAUUGGAAGUGAAGAGGGACUCCAAGUACACAGGCAGAAAGAGGAGUAACAGGAAGUUUUAAGCUAGUGACAUUUUAUAACGAGAUUGUUUAUUGCGAAUGACUGUGAGAGUAUCUUAGUAAUA